AAAUUGCGCUACCGUACUGUAAUUUAAAAAGAGUUCCUGCUACUGUUCCUAUCCUUCUAUUUACAGGCAAGCUCAAAUGGAGGUUACAGACGCGAACCUUUUGUCACUGUCACAGUACCUUCAACAGACUCUGGCGCCAGAUCCAAACAUUCGAAAGCCAGCUGAGAAGUUCCUCGAGUCAGUGGAGGGAAACCAGAACUACCCGCUGCUGCUGCUGAACCUUCUAGACAAGGCAGAGGUGGAUCAGCAGAUACGAGUGUCCGCUGCCAUCACCUUCAAGAACUAUGUCAAACGCAACUGGAGAGUGGUGGAGGAUUUCCCAGACAAGAUCCAUGAACAAGACAGGACAGUUGUUAAACAGCUCAUUGUGGGACUGAUGCUGAAAAGCCCAGAACAAAUACAGAAUCAGCUCUCAGAUGCCAUCAGUAUAAUCGGACGUGAGGACUUCCCUAGCAAGUGGCCCGAUCUCAUCUCCGAGAUGGUGGCGAAGUUUCAGACAGGAGACUUCCACGUUAUCAAUGGAGUCCUGCGAACUGCACACUCGAUAUUUAAGCGAUAUCGACAUGAAUUCAAAUCACAGGAAUUAUGGACAGAAAUCAAGUUUGUACUUGAAAACUUUGCUGCUCCUUUCACUCAACUCUUCAAUAGCACUAUGGAGUUAGCCAAAACCCAUGCUACAGAUCCAAAUGCUCUCAAAGUGAUAUUCAGUUCUAUUGUGCUCGAGUGUAAAAUAUUCUACAGUCUCAACUUCCAGGACUUGCCUGAACAUUUCGAAGACAACAUGGAGAUCUGGAUGUCCAACUUCCUGCAGCUUCUUUCAGUGGAUAACAAACUACUUCAAACUGAUGAUGAGGAGGAGGCAGGCCUUCUGGAGCAGGUGAAGUCUCAGGUGUGUGACAACGUGGCACUGUACGCCCAGAAGUAUGAUGAGGAGUUCUGCCCACACCUGCCGGGCUUUGUCACAGCCAUCUGGAGCCUGCUUGUCUCCACCGGCCAGGCAGUCAAGUUUGACCUGCUUGUGAGCAACGCCAUAGGUUUCCUAUCAUCGGUGGCUGAGCGUCCCUCCUACAAGAGUCUGUUUGAAAACCUGGAGACCCUGAAUAGCAUCUGUGAGAAGGUCAUAGUGCCCAACAUGCAGUUUAGAGCUUCAGAUGAGGAGCUGUUUGAAGACAACCCUGAAGAGUACAUCCGGCGGGACAUAGAGGGAUCAGAUGUUGACACGCGGCGACGCGCAGCCUGUGACCUGGUUCAGGCGCUGUGCAAGGUGGUGGAGGGGCCGGUCAUACAGAACUUCUCACAGUACGUCCAGGCUCUCCUAGUGGAGUAUGCUUCUGACCCCGCCCAGAAGUGGAAGAGCAAGGACACUGCGAUCUUUCUGGUGACAUCACUGGCUGCCAAGGCACAAACUCAGAAGCACGGUAUAACACAGACCAGUGAGCUGGUUGACAUAACUGAUUUCUACACGUCCCACAUAGCACCUUACCUGCAGAAAGCAGAUGUUAACUGCACGCCAGUGAUCAAGGCCGACUGCAUCAAAUACCUGAUGGUGUUCCGUAACCAGGUUCCCCGUGAGGCACUAGUCGCUAGCUUCCCCUUGGUUGUGAACCACCUGCGGGCAACCAGCCACGUGGUGCACACGUAUGCCGCACACUGCAUCGAGCGCAUGCUCAUGGUCAGGAACUCACAGGGAACCACCUCUAUCACAUACACUGAUGUGCAGGGUUGUGCCACCCAGUUAAUAGAGAAUCUCUUUGGAGCCAUGAACUUGCCAGGAUCCACUGAAAAUGAGUACCUAAUGAAAGCCAUCAUGCGAACAACGUCCAUGAUGCAGGAUCAUCUGGUACCCCUGGUUCCUGUAAUACUGCACAACCUCACGCAAAAAUUGCUUCUGGUUGCUAAGAAUCCUAGCAAGCCUCACUUCAACCACUACCUGUUUGAGACACUAUGUGUGACAAUACGCACAACGUGUAAGGUGACCCCUGCAGCGGUCGCUGACUUUGAACAGGCUCUCUUCCCUCCUUUCACUGAGAUACUGCAGCAAGAUGUUCAAGAGUUUAUUCCGUAUGUUUUCCAAAUCCUCUCGCUUCUCAUCGAGCUCCACACAUCAGGCAUCCCUGAGUCGUACACCCAGCUGUUCCCCCACCUGCUGGCCCCGUUGCUAUGGGAACGACUGGGCAACAUUCCACCCCUUGUACGCCUCCUGCAGGCCUACAUUGAGAAGGGAGCCAGUCAAAUAGAGCCUGAGAGACUGAAUGGGUUGCUGGGAAUCUUCCAAAAGCUGAUUGCAUCGAAACAGAACGAUCAUGAAGGCUUCUUUCUUAUCAAUCGCAUGAUUGAAAAAAUGCCCAGUGAGGUAUUACAGCCAUACAUGAAGCAGGUGUUCAUCCUACUGUUCCAACGACUGCAGAGCUCCAAGACAACCAAAUACAUCAAAAGCUUGCUGGUGUUUUUCUGUGUGUACGCUAUCCGGUAUGGAGCCCCUGCUCUUAUUGAAAUGGUGGACGGUAUUCAAGCAAAGAUGUUUGGCAUGGUGGUAGAGAAGCUAUUUGUUGCUGACCUACAGAAGGUCUCAGGCACCUCAGAGAAGAAGAUCUGUGCCCUGGGAGUCACCAAGAUCCUUACAGAGGCCCCCGUCAUGAUCACUGUUUAUGGGGAUCUAUGGGCCAAGUUACUGCAGGCACUGAUUGGUCUGUUUGAAUUGCCGGAAGAUGACAGUGUACCAGCUGACGAACAUUUCAUAGAGAUUGACGAUACACCAGCGUACCAGACUGCGUUCUCCCAGCUGGCAUUUGCAGGCAAGAAGGAGCAUGACAUGUUGGCAGAGACAGUCCCACAGCUGAAGAUGGGGCUGGCCAAGCACCUCGAGAAAUUGGGGGCAGCCAACCCUGGCAAGGUUAAACCCCUGAUAGAAAAAGGUGUACAGCUGGAAGCACAGAAAUUCCUGCAGGACUAUUUAAUGGGUGCCGGAGUCACAUUGACCUAGUGGGAGGAACCUCAUUGGCACCUGGCAACAGGUCAGACUGGUUCACGAGUUGACUUUUGGACUGGUUAUCUUGAGCUAAUCAUAGCUCUAUGGACUUGUAGGAAAGUUUCUGUGCCUACUUGUUAAAUAUUUUAUGUUGAAACAACAUGUUUACAGGCAUUCAUUGAUUGAUGUUGUAUACAGUUUAUGUUUGUCAUGUAAUUCUGUCCAAUAUCAGAUAUUUUUGAGUUUUACACCAGUUCUUUCCAUGGUUGAGUGAAUUGACAACAAGUCCAGUAUUAUGGUAGGUUUGUGAUUGAGUUUCAAUGAAGACAAGCAAAAGCAAGGAAGUCAGUGAAAUGUGGUUAUGAUUUCACCAUAUGAUAAGACAUAUUUAUUGUGUUUGAAUCUAUCAAUAUUCAUUAAGAUACAUGAUUUAUUCUUGAGCUUCUGUUUAAAACAAAGGAUUGUUUUAUAUGACCCGCAUUAUGCAAAAAUGGACCUUAUGUCUUUUGUGGCAAAGUUAGCUCCAGAACAGAAUGCAUAUUUGCACACGCUAAUAAGCAGCUACGCUAUCCCCUAAAGAGGCAAUGAAACUUUCUGUGUCUUCAUAUUGGACAAGGUAUCUCCUGACAAGAAUGCAAAACUGCACAGGUUGGCCUGUAGUUACAUUGGCCAUAUAUGGCAUAAGACCCAUUUUCGUGUGAUGGUGCUCAUAUUCUAAUGUUAUAAUUGUCAUACAAAAGUGCUAUUUACAUGGUAUGUUAUGUGAGGUGCAUGGCUAUUCUUUGGUCAGUAAGAAGAAUUUAUUCUCAUGAUUAUUAGUGAAAAUAUUACACUAAAAUGUGUGUGCAGUUUUGUUUAAAUACAUAACACUUGCAUGUACCCGUAUAUAAAUUGAUAUUCUUACUUCAUUAAAUAUAUUAAAAUGUUACUACAUAUAAGAAACAUGAUGUUUAGAACUGCUUGAUGUGAAUUAUUGCGUUUCCUGAAGCUGGCAUACAAUGUUCUUUGAAUUGUGAUGUAAUUAAUAAAUUCAGUGCUCAUGCUU